GAUGUCUUCUGUCCAUGCUGCACGAAUUUCUCUGAGAUUUUCGACACCAUUUGUCGCACGCAAAAUCUGUUUCAAUGACAAUAUUGAAAAGCAAAGGCUCGAAGAGUCACAAAAAAUACAGUCAUUCUACUUCUACCUCACGCAUCCGAUUGCCAGAUGAUGAUCAGAAUUCGUCCAUCGAAUUGCGAAAUAUCAAUGACUACCACGCCGAUGAAGAAAUCAAAUCAUCUUUCAAAUCCCUAUUCACAUUCACAACAAAAAAGCACAUAUCUACCAUAGUUCCAUGUAUAGUAUUUGCAAUCAUUAGCGGCGUUCUAAAACCUAUAUCGGCAAUAUUUUACGGAAAUAUCUUUGGUACUCUUACAAAUUUUGGGUCCGGUGUUCUCACCGCACAAGAGACCUUACAACAUGUCUCGAAAUGGUGCAUAGCUAUAACUGUUCUUGGGGGCGCAGUAUGGUUGUUCGAAGGCUUGUUUCUGUGUUCGUGGAUGGUAUUUGGAGAGCUCCAGGCUAGAAGCGUGCGCGAGAAAAUGUUUGCCGGCAUGUUGGAGAAGGAUUUGGAAUGGUUUGAUCUGCGUAGAGAUGGCAUUGGAUCAUUAUUAAUUCGAAUUGAAACACAAAUUCGAGAGCUCCAAUUAUCCACAUCCCAGCCUCUUGGGUUUCUCCUGUUUGAGACUGCUAGCGCAUGUGCAGCUCUUGGGACUGCCUUCUUUUACUCUUGGAAUCUGACUCUUGUCAUUAUAGCGACAUUUCCAAUUGCCGGUGGAAUACUUUAUCUAAUUUCUAGAAACAUGGGCCCAGCCAUCGAAGCCCAGAAAAGAGAGCUAUCGCAAGCUUCGAAAUUUACAAAUACAGCCAUUACAGCCAUCGAUACUGUCAAAGCAUUCAACGGACAGGACCAGGAAGUUUGGCAAUACUUCUUAGUAAUCAAAAAAUCAACAGUUCAUUACAUGAUCCAAGCCAGGUCAAAUGCAUUUCAAUUUGGGAUUACCAAAUUUGUCAUGGUGGCCAUCUUUGUUCAAGGCUUUGGGUAUGGUCUCACGUUAGUCGAUCAUGGACUAGAUGCCGGAAAGGUUCUUACAACUUUCUAUGCUUGUUUGACUGGGAUGAUGGCUAUAGAAGUCGUUUUACCACAAUGGCUUGUCUUAGCAAAAGGAAUGUCCGCUGGAGCGACUCUCAAGUCUAUCAUGAACCAAGUGGAUAGAGGAGGAGUUGCAAAACACCCAGAAGGGUUAAUGGUACCUAAAACCUGCAACGGUGAUAUAGAAGUCAAUAAUGUUACAUUUGGAUAUCCUUCCAAUCGACAGCACAAUGCUCUUAUAAAAACAACAUUCUUCUUUCCUGCUGGCGAGACUACUUUUGUAGUUGGUAAAAGUGGUUCUGGAAAGAGUACAUUGGGAAACUUGUUGCUCAAAUUUUACGAGCCACAGGAGGGAAGUAUCUUGAUAGAUGGCCAACGUAUACAGGAUCUCGAUACCGAUUGGCUGAGACGCAACAUCACUCUCGUACUGCAGCAGAGUGUGGUAUUCAACGAGACGGUUAGGAAAAACAUAGAAUUUGGCAAGGAAGGAAUAAAAAAUGAAGCUGAUAUCAUAGACGCCUGUUCUACAGCCAAUCUAGAACAAGUAAUUGCCGAUCUUCCUGAUGGACUUGAUACUAUGAUUGGCUCUAAGGAGAGACAACUGAGUGGUGGACAAAAACAACGUGUUGCAUUGGCACGAGCUAGAUUACGAGAUGCACCAAUCUUGAUUCUUGACGAAGGAACUAGUGCUCUUGAUCUGACCAACCGACUCAAAAUCAUGGAUAAUAUUCGAGAAUGGAGGAAAGGAAAAACGACAAUUAUUGUGACUCAUGAUAUUUCCCAGAUAUUGGAUGAUGACUACGUUUACGUUAUGGAUCAGAGUAAGGUUGUCCAGGAAGGAUAUCGUAGGAAGCUUUCUGCGAAAGCAAACGGUACUUUCGCUACAUUUUCGCAACUCCCGGGAUUGCCCGUUGAACAGUCGACAGACUUGUCCAACAUCAGAAGAAACUCGGACCCUGGAACACCAUUAACUGGAAGCUUUGAAGACUUUGUUCAAGAAUUGAAACCUCGUUUCUCUACCAAGUCUACAAUCUAUGGUCCAAAUGCAGCAAAUCGUAGGUCCUUGGAUAUAUCAAACAGACGAUUAUCUCUUGGAUAUGCUUCAAUAGCUUAUGCCAAUGACCUACAAUCAGAUAACAUUUGGACAUCUGGAAUUGACAGUUCACGUUCAAGGUUUGAUGAUUUGCAAAGACCUACCUCACAGUUUCAGAAGUUCCAAGAGUCGGCUAGUAGGCAGUCUAUACAUCCUAUCAGGCCACCAAGGUAUCAAGACGCAGGAUUCCAAUCGAUCCCAGAACAUCCCUCAGACAAGCCAAGCUUUGAUAGAAAACCUCUGAUUCAAAGCCCUCUCAGCUUGGUAUCAAUCGAAAAGAAUCGAGACUCUAAAGUCGCGCCUAUGGAUUCUUUGUUGGAACACUCAGAUGACUCUGCUGAUAAUGCGGGCGAUUCUGAAGAGAAGAACGAAACGGGUCAUCUCAAACCCGAUACUUUAACUAAGAUCUUAAAGACUGUUUGGCCCAUGCUGAACAAGAAGGAACGCACAAUCCUUUCGGUUGCAUUUGCCGCAGCAUUUAUUGUGGCAGUAUCAACCCCAGCUUUUGCUAUAAUAUAUACCAAACUUCUUGACACUUUUUACCAAAAGGAGAACCGCAACUCGAAUGCUUUAAAAUGGUCACUUGUCUUACUCGGAAUCGCCAUCAUUGAUGGCAUAUCUUGUUUCUUUUCGCAUUAUGCUUUGGAACGUGCUGGACAAGCUUGGGUUAGUGCUCUGCGUGUAGAAGCACUAAAGAAGAUUCUCGCACAACCGAAGUCAUGGUUUGAGGAAUCCAGGAAUUCACCUAGCCGGUUGAACGAAGUUUUGGAUAGGAACUCUGAGGAAAUGCGUAAUCUCGUUGGCCGCUUUGCUGGUAUUGUAUUCACAGCAUUUUUUAUGCUAUUGAUAUCAAUCAUUUGGGCUUUCGUGAAUACAUGGAAACUGACAUUAGUCUCGAUGGCAACUGGGCCAGUUAUAUACGCUGUCACCAAAACGUUCAAUCGCGUGAGUGGAAAAUGGGAAAACAAGUGCAACUACGCCUCUGAAAUGACCACUGGCAUAUUUUCAGAGACGUUCUCCAACAUCAAAGUGGUUCGGGCUUUUACUCUGGAAACUUACUUUGAGACAAAACACACCAAAGCUACAGAAGAACUUUAUAAAGUUGGACUAAUACGAGCAAACUACUCGGGAUUGCUGUGGGGAUUGACAGAUGCGAUGUCAUUCUUCAUCACUGCAACUAUCUUUUAUUAUGCCACGGUUCUCAUUACCAAGAGAGAGAUCAGUAUCGCGACUGCACUACAGACUGUCAAUCUUCUAUUAUUUGGUAUUUCUAAUAGUACGAAUAUGCUGGCCAUGAUACCACAAAUCAACUCUUCUCGCGUUACAGCUACGCAUAUGCUUGCAUUAGCCAAUCUCGAUUCAUCUUCCUCCCACGAAAAUAAAGGAACCGAACGGCUUUCGACAAUCUUUCCAAUCAAAUUCAACCGUCUUUCAUUCACAUACCCUACUCGUCCUGAAAAACGAACGAUAUCAUCCUUUUCUCUUUCCCUGAUUCCUAACUCAACAACUGCACUUGUCGGACCCUCCGGCUCCGGAAAAUCUACAAUAGCUGCUCUGCUCAUUGGUCUCUAUCCGCCAGAUACUUCAACACCUCCACCGUUGACAUUCAAUCGCGUCUCCAUAAGUAACUGUCACAUUCCGUCUCUCCGGGCUUCUCUCUCACUCGUUCCACAAAUACCGAUUCUAUUUCCAGCUACCAUUCUCCAUAACAUCAUUUAUGGUCUCCCAGAAUCUUCUCCUUGUGCUAGUCUUCCAUCUGCUAUUGCAUCAGCAAAAGAUGCUGGGAUCCAUGAAUUUAUCACAUCGCUUCCACAAGGUUAUGAUACUAUGGUAGGAGAUGGAGGACAAGAGUUAUCGGGAGGACAGGCCCAGAGAAUUGUGAUAUCAAGAGCACUGGUCAGAAAACCAACUUUAUUGAUAUUAGAUGAAGCGACGAGUGGAUUAGAUGGUGGUAGUGCAGAGGUGAUAAGAGAGACUGUGCAGAAGUUGAAGAAGAGAGAAGGAAUGGCCACGCUGGUUGUUAGUCAUACGGCUGAAAUGAUGAAGAUAGCGGGACGAGUCGUGGUGAUGGAAGAGGGAGAGAUAGUUGAGAGUGGUGGUUUCGAUGAGUUGAAGAAUAAAGUCGAGGGGAAAUUCAGGACUUUAGUUAGAGAUGAUUCGGGGGAUAAAGUGGUGCUGAAGGAAGAGAAUGAUGCUGGAGAGGCUAGUAGUAACGCUAGUAGCGAUGCUCACAAAGGUGGGUUGGGUAUUAGAAUUCCUGGUUACGAUGAGGUAGAAUUCCAUACUGGAAGAGACACGCCGAUUCGAGAUGCAAGAAGGAGAGAUACUUGGCUGCGGCAAAACAAUCAUUGAGAUGCCAUAUUUUUCACCGCCAUUAUUGCGAUUUCAUAAAUUUGAAACAUCUCAAUUCAAUCAUUUGUGUUCAUACUUUCAUUUUAGUUUCUACUAGAAUGGUUUGAAGCAUACACGUUGCAUAAAAAUCCCCUUAAAGCUUGUUCA